AUGCUACAAGUGUCCCUAAGAAAUUCCCACCUGUUUAAGAUGCUUUCUAACGCUAAUCCUAUGGGAAUAUUAAGGGCUGUGAAUAGAGGAGAUAAUUAUUCUAAGUGGCACACCAGGUUUGUGAACCUUCGGAAGUCCAUACGCCCUCGGGAGAAUGCCAUUACUGCAAUACACCCUCUUGAAAGUAGACUCAGUGAUGUAUUUUUUGUUCUUCCACCUCGUCAACAAUUCACGAGCGCCCUUUGUCAGUGUGCUAGUUGGAUCUACACAAAGGGCACAUUGACAAAGGGCACAUUGACAAAGGGCGCUCGUGAAUUGUUGACGAGGUGGAAGAACAAAAAAUACAUCACAGAGUCUACUUUCAAGAGGGUGUCUUGCAGUGAUGGCAUUCUCCCGAGGGCGUAUGGACUUCCGAAGGUUCACAAACCUGGUGUGCCACUUAGAAUAAUUAUCUCCUCUAUUGACAGCCCUCUUUAUGGUUUAGCCACGUUGUUACACGAGAUUAUCUCAAAAAACAUUCCAGAUGCGGCAAGUAAGAUAAAUAAUAGCUUUGAAUUGGACCGCAACUUGAAGGACAAACGGUUAGAACCAGGUCACGAAUUAAUCUCUUUAGACGUUGUCUCGUUAUUUACUAAUAUUCCCAUAGGAUUAGCGUUAGAAAGCAUCUCACACAGGUGGGAAUUUUUUAGGGACACUUGUAGCAUCCCAAAACAGGAAUUUUUAACGGCGAUACAACUUGUUCUUGACUCGACUUAUUUUAGUUUUGGUAAUAAUUUCUACAAACAAAAAUUCGGGACCCCCAUGGGAUCUCCGUUGUCUCCGGUGAUUGCGGACCUUGUUAUGCGGGAUCUGGAAUCCUGGGCCUUAGAAAAAAUUGGGGUGCAUCCACCCUUUUAUUUUAGAUAUGUUGAUGAUGUGGUGAUAGCAGUUCCGGGAAAUCUGAUUGACCUUACGUUAAACACGUUUAAUUCGUUUCACCCCAGAAUGCAGUUUACAUUGGAAAUAGGGGGCGGGGGGGACAAGAUAGAUCUUUUGGACAUCACCAUUAUUAAGAAUGAGGGUGCUCUAAUUUUUGAUUGGUAUCACAAGCCUACGUUCACGGAAAGCUACUUGAAUUUUUUAUCGGGUCACCCCUUGUCUCAAAAAAGGGGAACAAUUAUGGGAAUGGUUGACAGAGCGUUUUUACUAUCUGACCCUAAAUUCCACAGUAAGAACAUUGAGCUUAUUGUAAACACACUCCUAACCAAUAAUUAUCCUGUAGAAUUUAUUUUCGAGACAAUAAACAGCCGCCUUAAAUCGCUUAUCAAUAAAAAGACAAUUAAUCAGAUAGACGAGAACACAGAUAUUGACACAAACAAUAGAGCGCCAUGGUUUUUACUGCCAUACAUUCCUUCAAUCUCCGAGAAAUUUAAGACUAUUACCAAGAAACUUAAUGUAAAAUUGUCCUUUCUCAGUCUUAAUAAAUUAAGCAGAUUUAUUAAAGUGCAGAAAGAUGUUCUCCCAAAAAACCGUAAGAAAAAUGUAGUUUACAAGAUUAUGUGUAAGAAUUGCGAUGCUUCAUACGUAGGACAAACGGGCCGAAAAUUGAAAACAAGAAUCACUGAACAUCGUAACCAUAUUAAGUGGAAUACAAACAGCCACUCCGUAAUCACUGAACACAGAUUAAAUUUUAACCAUGACUUUGAUUGGGAGAACAUAAUAAUCCUAGACAAUGAGCGGUUUUUGGGUAGGCGACUUACAUCAGAAAUGUUACAUAUACAAUCACAGAAUAAUAGUUUGCCUUAAUUUGCAAACAGAUACUGAUUGUUUACAUCAUGCAUAUCUGUCAUUACUUAACAAACUGUAACAGAGUCAAUAAUUUAUAAGAUCAGAUUCUCGUUAUUUAAUUAUUUUUAUGUAUUAUGACAAGCUGCGAACGUCUUUUCUAUUUACUCAUAUUUUCUUGUAUUUUCUUAUAGACCGUAUUUAUGUAUUUAUUUUGAUCUAUGUAUCCCCGACUGCGUGUCUUUGCGUGCGAAUCUGUAACAAGACUUUGAAACCGAAUACACAGCCAGUAUACAUUUUAACUUUCGAUAGAGAGCAUGACCUGUUGUCGAGUGUAUACGAGUGUGACAAGAGAAUUAAUUAUUCUUACGAAAUUUAAUCCUAUCCAAGGCUUCUAUCGUCCUCAUUAGUCAAGAAUGGAAAAGUGUCAUUUCUUGCGACACUGUCACGGGGAAGAUGCCACAGCGGAUUUGGCAAACCGCCGGUGAUGCGAUGUCCUCCCGUUUUGCUGACUGAUGAGGAGAUUUUAUUUUGUAUAUAUAUAUUGCGCUGAAGAUGACUCAAAAUGAGUCGAAACUUCCGGAAUUAUUGUAAUUAGUUGAAAAUUGUCGUGGACAAGAAAUAAACAUUCGCGCACCUAUAUCCGCGCUGACUCUCAUUGGCCCUCUUGACGAGAUUCAAUUAUUUGAAAUUUCGAGAGUCUUUCACCAACUUUAAUCGUUUUUAAUAUUUAUUUAAUAUUAAUUUUUCAUUCUCAAUCACUACACAA